CAUUAACACUGUACGUGAGAUAUUGGAAGUGGAAACUUGAGCUGCAGUAAAAAGUAAAAACGUAGUUUUAUAUUUUUUAAUUUCCAUUUCCAGUGCCAACUAUCAUUCAUUCUCUCUUGUCGUUGCCGGUAACCGGUACGUCGAGUCUCGACGUACUUUUGUCUUGUUUCCAGAUUAUAAGUUAAUAGACACCAAAUUCAGGUACUGAAAGACAAGCAUAACAGUUUUUACGGAAAUUUGAUAUUUUUAAUAGAAGAAAAAGUGGUUUUAGUGGAUAUCAGUAGUUGGCCAUCAGUUGGUAUUUAUUUUUGAUACAGAAUCAUGCGUACGUACUUGAGAAGAAAGCAAUGGAAACAAUUUAAAAAAACGGUUCCGAAAAAAAAGUAUAAAGAAAUUUUGCCAAUAUUACAAAAAUCAGUACGGCGGGCUCUACAAUCAGAUAAUUGUCAUAUUGGAAAAAUUACUUUUGAAGAGCAAGCCAUGUAUGGUGCUUCUUUAACGGGAAGUAAGAUUGAUCGGCUGUGGAGUGUUUUAGAAAAAGAGAUCGUUAGUCAUCUAGAACAGAAGGUUAGACAUGAUAUUUUAAAAUCAUUUCACAGCAAUCAAUUUCUAGAAAUUCUUUAUGCUUGCCACCAAAAGUAUGAUAACUCAAUGAUCCUGAUAACAGAAAUGCUUUGGUACGUUGGCCGUCAUGAAGGAGAUAGAUGGAGUAAUACGUUUAAUGACUUGGCAAAACAUUUAUUUGAAAGCUUGAUUAUUAGUUUUAUAAAAAGUCAUCUGCGUACAUCUCUUAUGCACCAAGUAGAACUUUUAAGAAUGAAAAAUACAUCAGAAGAAAUUGAAAAAGAUGAAUCAAUAGUUAAAAAAAUUUCUCAAAUGUUUAUACAUCUUGACUUUGAUGGCUAUAAUAAGUUACGCAACACGUUUGAAGAGAUUUUCAAAAAACCGUUGAUUGAAAUGGUUACUGAAUCUACUAAGAUAUUAAGCAAACAAUUGUUGUCACGAAAAUGUGUUUCGUAUUACAUAAGAAAAGCAGAAGAAAUUCUAAUAUAUGAGACGGAAAGGGCUGACAGUUACCUUUACCAUACGAACAAAAAUGAAUUAAUUGAAAGCAUUGAGAACGAACUUAUAAUAAGAAAUAUGAUUCAAUUAGUUGAAAUGGACACCGGUGUGGUUUUUAUGAUAACAAACAACAAUAAAGAUGACUUAGCAUGCAUGUACAGACUAUUUGAUCGUGUUCCCGAUGGCUUACACGUAUUGUGUACGUGGGUAAGUCAAACUUUACGUAAACUUGGCAGAAGUCUUGUCGAAGAAGAAAGAGAAGUGGAUACUACAAAUGUUGUUCAUUUGAUGAAGAAUUUGGUGGAUCUAAAAAAGAAAUUUUUUAUUUUGUUAACUAAAUCAUUUAAUAACGACAAGAUGUUUCGAAGAGAAAUGAAUGCAGCUAUUGAUUAUAUCUUUAAUUUGAAUGACAACUUACAUGGGGUUAUCUUAAAUUAUUUUCAUGAUAUUAUGGAUAUGGAACGACCUAUGUCAGAUAAUUUUGAGUUAGAUAAGCUAAUACUAUAUUUGGCUAAACUACGUCAAGAAAGAGGCAGUGUACUCGAGAAACUUUAUCUAGAUUAUUUGAGGAAGAAGUUAUCUGGUGGUAAUAUAUUUGCCCCUAAAUAUGCUGUUACAAUAAAGCGAGAGUUUUUUAAGCAAAAUUUUAGUGAUGACUUCAUGUUAGAAUUUACCAAGAUAGUAUCUCUUUCAUGGGACGAUAUAGCAGCAGACGGAAAAGAUAUAUCAAUUGAUUGUAGAAAGCUCGAGGACCUCUAAAACAUCUAAACUAAUGAAGUUGUAUCUCCAGAUGUCCAGUGAAUACAAUAAUUUUUUUCUACGUCUCAUUAACUAAUAUUUUAAAGAUU